AAUCUAGAAAACGAAAUUAAAAUUACUAGAUAUCAGAUUGCUUACCUUACGUGCUAUUCAUUUGAAUAAGUAAUAGUCCGUACUUUGUUUAAAAAACGUGUUAUAAAUCAAUAAAAAUUUAUUUCUCAGAAAAAAAAAGUAAAUUAAAAAAAUUGAAAAAAACUUUAACGUUUUGUCAAGCAAAUCCUUAUCAAACUGUACAAAAGUAAGGUUAAGCGUCUGAAAGAAUGUCGAUAGAAGAACAGUCAAAUUUGCGUCUAGGACCUGAUUCUAAUAUCAUUUAUCCGAUUCAAGUACAAUAUUGUGGAAACUGCUCUCUUCCCAUUGAAUAUUGUGAAUAUUAUCCAGAAUAUGAAAAAUGUAAGCAAUGGCUAGAAAGAAAUUUACCAACAGAAUUUGAAAAAGUUAAAUUAGUAGAAGAUAAUAAUACAGAAGUAGGUGGAGGUGAAGAUGAAAAAAAAAGACAAAAACGUGGUGGUAAAGGUAUGCUUAAAACAAAGAAAAAAGAAGAUGUACCAAAAUUAGUGACUGUAUCUAGAGCACCUAGAGGAAAAAAGAAAUCAGUUACUGUUGUUACAGGUCUUAGCACUUUUGAUAUAGAUUUAAAAGUAGCUGCAAAAUUUUUUGGUAGUAAAUUUGCAUGUGGAUCUAGUGUAACAGGAGAUGAUGAAAUAGUUAUACAAGGAGAUGUGAAAGAUGAAUUAUUUGAAGUAAUUCCAGAAAAAUGGCCACAAAUUGAUGAAGAUUCUAUAGAUGAUCUUGGGGACCAGAAGAGAUAAUGAGUCAAC